GGGAUGUUGGUGUUCUUCAUGAAGAAGGUGUCCUGACACUUUUUGGCAGAGUUUCGGAUAUGAUCAUCAGGAAUGCCUCCAACGUGCACCCGAUUUCCAUCGAGUCGCCUCUGUCUAAGCAUCCUAAGGUGCAAGAUGUCAGGGUAAAGAUAAUCUUUCUUUUAUGGACAUGUAUACGCCAUUGCAAGAUAAGUAUAGUUCGGUAUAUAAUCCACAUAAUCUUAUGCUUUAUAAUCAAUGGAAGAGAUUUGUUUUAGAAUGCAGAUAGAUAUAGAACAAUAAGAAAUAAUCCGGAGAAACGUGGUAUAAACUCUUCCAGACACAUUCUGUUUGAAGGUAAUACGAUAACUUCAGCAUAAAAGAUGAAGCAGUGUUCCCAAUCACAAGCUAUUUGUCCACAUAUCGAAGCUCAUGAUAGACAACUUUUUCCCCUCCAGGUUGUCGGCGUGCCUGAUCCAGUCAGUGUGGAGGAGGUUUGCGCAUGUGUCAUCAUGAAGGAAGGACAAACUGCGGACUCACAGGAGAUGAGGAAGUCCUGUGUAGAGAUCGGGAUUGUUCCAGAGGAAAUGCCCGGAUAUUUCCUCUUCAUGGACGAGUUUCCAAUGACUUCGACACGGCACAAGGUUGACAGGAAGAAGUUGAGACUGAUCGCCAUGGAGAAGCUUGGUCUGAAGGAGGAGGCCUGAUGAUCUCAAGCCUGCCGGGUUCACUAUUGCAAAGUCGUCUAUGGCAACAUGUCGACACAAAUGUUACAAUGCCAUUCGUAAAGGCCAUCGCGCUGUGACCUUGCAUUUGUCUUACCUUUUAUCCUUCAAAAUAAAAUAAAAAGUAUGACCAAGAGGAUAGCAAAACUCACAAAGCUUAAAGUAUCUCUCAAAGCGUAGGUCGGAGCGAGGUCGCUGCAAUAGUGGAAUGGACGUAUAACUAAAAGAAUCACUGCAACCUUUGCUUACCUUUUGUUGUUUUCAGGGCAUAUCAUGGAAGUCUAGAUGCUUAAACCGUUUCUGGAGAACAUUAUUAAGUAUGCAUAAUUACUGAAGCUACCCGCAGUACUCACUAAAACAUCUUGCUGACAGACGCAUGGAUGCUAAUGACCGAUGUUAAAAGUAAGCAGAUUAUUAUUAUGUAAACGGAAGAGGGUAUAGACGUAUUACAAUAUAAUUAAGGCUGGUAACAUCAACAUUAAUGUUAUUCUGAGAAUUCUGUUUCCCGAUUAGCUAGAUUUGUUUGUUGUAUUCAUAUAGUACAUCUUAGUACAGAUGCAUCCAAACAUGUGGUAUCUGUAACGGGGCAAGAGAAACACAUUCAUUGAUAAAACAUGCAAACGACGACCUAAUUUUCUUUAAAAAUUAAUGACAAAAUACGAUGGUUGUCUGCAAACGAUGGUUUAUUCUUGUAACAUUUGGAACAUCAUUAGAUAUAUAUUAAAGGCAUCCUAAGCAAUAUCACAGCAUCAAAAGUGGAAAUAUUCUGGAUAAGACCCUGCACUGUAUUCUCACAUUUACAUCAUCAUUUCAUACUUUCAGCGGUUACAAAUGGCCCAGAGACAAGUCGCACGAGGAUAUUCCUUGCCAUUGGAACCUCCCGAAAUUAGGCCUUGAACAGGAAUCCCCGUGCGACUUGUUUCUGUGCCGUUUCUAACAGCUCAAUUUAUGAAAUAAUGAUGUAAAUGUGCUAAAAUAGUGCAUUAGAUGUCAAUAUUAUACAGACUGCCUUAUUCAGAAUAUUUCCACUUUCAACGAUAUGACAUUGCUAAGGUUGCCUUGAAGGAAAUGGCCACCUUAUUUGUAUAAUUUAGGAGAAUAUAUAGCGUUCUUUGUUAAGAUGAUACUGUGAUACAACAACAACUGUUACUUGGGUGCGGACAAUAAUAAACGGAUAUGAUUUAUGCACAUUAGGAUAUUAUUUGAAUGAUCAAUGAGAAACACUCAAUCAUUAUCAAUACAAUGUUGUCUGGUACAAUAUGUCGUCAAAUUAUGACUUUUUGUGAAUGCUCUCAAUACCUUAUAUCAUUCAGUGAUCGCAAAUGUUCAACACAGGUUUCACUGUGUGUUUUGUGCCUUAAAAGAACUAAUGAGGACAAAGUCAGACAAGGCCAACAAAAGACGCCGUAACCGUUAUCAACUCCAGACUACCCGCGUAAUUAUGCCAUUAAGGUCACCGAUCCCCUGAAGCGCUGUACUCUGGGUACUGGUGUCAACAAUAAAUCGUCUUAAGAAAGCACAUUUUAUGAUGUUGACAACAUUUUUUAAACAUACGUUGACGAAAACAUUUACUGUUUUACACCUGGUUGACAACAGCACACCUAUAAACAUAUUUAUGUACA